GCCAGCCGAGCCCGGACGCUGGUGCAGGUACGUGCGGUCUCUGCGGAGCAGGGAUCGGGCAGUUCCCGGGUCCCUCCACCCGCCUCGCCCGGGACGUCCCGGCUUCCCGCUCGGUUCACCCUGUCCUACACCACACAAUUCACUCCCCUGUGAAUGCUUGCAGUGCUGGCUCACGGAUCUAGCCUUUUGUGUCUUUCGUGAUCAGUUGCUCCUACAGUGUGCUGCACUGUAAUUUCUUACCUCAAGAAAUCAGCACCAGUUAAGAAAUGGCCAAAGUCGAAAGGUUUGCUUUUCACGUUCCAAGUCUGGAGGAGCUUGCUGGGGUUUUGCAGAAAGGGCUUAAAGAGAACUUUGCCGAUGCUCAAGUCUCUGUUGUAGACUGUCCUGAUCUGACUCAGGAGCCCUUCAAAUUUCCUGCUAAAGGAAUCUGUGGAAAGCCUAGGAUAGCAGAUGUGGGAGGUGUUCCUUAUCUCAUACCUCUCGUACGGAAAGAAAAAGUUUACGAUCUAAAUACAGUUGCAAAAGACAUAGAGCUGCCCGGAGCAUUCAUUCUUGGAGCUGGAGCUGUUUCAUCUAAGAUUCUUGGAGUAAAUGCUGAGCUUAUCCCUAUUGUUCAAACUAAGAGUGAAAAAAAGCCUGCUGUAAAUGGGAGCUAUGUUGCUCAGAUAAAUCCUGCAGACAAAGGGUGCCUGCUUGAGAAGUACAGCAGUAAAUAUACUGACUGUGAGUUUGGACUGUUGGCCAAUCUUUAUGCCAGUGAGGGCCAACCUGGUAAGGUCAUUGAAGUGAAAGCCAAUGGAAGAACUGGGGAACUUAACUUCGUUUCCUGCCUGAGACAAACUUUAGAGAAACACUACGGAGAAAAGCCAGUUGGGAUGGGUGGUACAUUUAUCAUUCAGAAGGGGAAAGCAAAGAUUCACAUUAUGCCUCCAGAAUUUUCUACCUGUCCCCUGAAUACUGAUGAGGAUGUGAAUAACUGGCUCAAAUUCUUUGAAAUGAAGGCUCCACUGAUUUGUCAGCCGGUAAUAGUUUCCAGAGAUCCGGGGUUUGAUCUGCGUGUGGAGCACACCCACUGUUUCAGCCACCACGGAGAAGGAGGGCACUACCACCAGGACACCAGCCCGGACAGUGUGCAGUACCUGGGGUACUUCCAGCCUGCCGAGCUGCUCUUCCGCAUUGACAGGCCCCAGGAGACGCACCUGGUCGGGAGAGAUUGAGCCUCCCGCUGGGCGGUUUAAUCUUCCCGAAGUACAAAUGCUGAUUUUUGUAACGCUUUUAAUUAUGCGCACUUAUCAGAUUUAAGAAUAAAUAUGAGGGCAGUAAACUGCCGACUUCUUAAGUGUGUUAAAGGGAGGAACUCGGAGUGUACGUGUUAUUGGAGUUAUGACCCAAUUCAAACUGUAAUUUCAUUGCAA